ACCUGGAUCCUAGGUCGAUGCUACAUGUCGGAUUGACUACCCUUUAAUUUUAUCAAGGGGAUUUCAAUGCCCUAACCCAGUGGUUCUUGAACUUGAGUGUACAUCAGAAUCACCUAGAGAGCUCGUUAAAACACGGAUGGCUGAGUCCCACCCUAGAGAGGGGCUUAAAAAUUUGCUUCCUAAUAGGUUGGCAAGUGAUAAUGAUAUUGAUAGUUCAGCACUUUUUGAGGACCAUUACCCUAACAAAGGAAUGAUGCCAGUGAGAAUGUCUGAUGGUAUGGCUAACUUGAGGAAGGGCACCCCAACUCAUGGGACCCUCCAUUGUUGGAACAGAAAAAAUCAUUUGAGAACUAGUUUAGUGACUUUCAGCCUUACCUACAUGUUAGAAUCAUCUAGAGAAUCUUAAAAUAAAUUUAUCAGUGCCCAAACCAUACCCCCAGAACAAUUGAAUCCUUCUCUGGGGUUUGGGAUGGGACUGAGUAUAGGUAGGUUUUUAAUAGCUCCACAGAUGAUAAACUAAAGAGGAGGACCAUUGAUAAAGUCUGACUUGGCCUUGUACAAGUAUUCUAGAAGAGAAUACUGCCAGUCCAAAGAGAUUAAGUAAUUGGUUUAAGGUUAUAUGACUGGUUAGUUGGAGAACUCAAGCCUCUUGAACUUUCAGAACUUUCUACCACACCUUAAUGUCUGCUUUAGCCAAACACUGUAGGGUUCCUGCCUAGGGUUGUGGUCAAGACCAGGAAAGGGUAACUAAGCUAAUUCCUACCGUAUGUGCUCAACUCAAGUCCAUUGCAGGAACAUUUCCAUUGGUGGCGUGGUUGUCCCACUGGAACUGAAGUCAAAGGAGCCUGACGGGGAUAGAAUUGUUUAUACGGGCACAUAUGAUACAGAAGGUGUGGCCCCAACCAAGAGUGGAGAACGACAACCCAUCCAGAUCACCAUGCCGUUCGCUGACAUCGGGACCUUCGAGACCGUGUGGCAAGUCAAGUUCUACAAUUACCACAAGCGCGACCACUGCCAGUGGGGCAGCCCCUUCUCGGUCAUCGAGUACGAAUGCAAGCCCAACGAGACGCGCAGCCUCAUGUGGGUGAACAAGGAGUCCUUCCUCUGAAGGUGGCCCUUUCUGAUGCUGCUGGACAAUCGCUUCAGAAACCGGCUUUGAGACAACCCAGCACAAGCCUUCUCCGAGGCACGCCGCGCCGUUGUGGCUUCCCAUCAGUGCCAGUGACCUACUGGCCCCGAUUAUUUGGAAAGUGUAACUCCCCUCUGAUGCAAUGUCCCCGACAAAAGGACGCGGUGUACCGUCCCGAGAAGAUCCCUUCCUGUCCUCUGUGUUGGUGUCCCCGCAUCCAAUUGUUCUCGGUCACGCUGUCGGCCACUUGUGAGGACCUCAGCGGGACUGCCAGGCGUGUUCCACUGAAUGACCGUGGUGUUUUGUUUCUAAGUUGAGUGAUUCUUCUUCUUUGUUAGCCACUUAAAUAAAAAAUAACAGUUUGUGUGGGCUCUCCCCUAAGUGUAAUGUGGUAACAUGUAACUCGCGAUGUUUUGCAGCUCUCAAAGCAGGCUUUGGGAAAGUAGUGCAGACCGGGCUUCCUAUAAACAGCUGAGCUUUUUCAGGGAAGGCAGAUGGCCACAUAAAAGGAGAAAUAGCUAACAAGUAUCUGUAAUGUAUCAAAACUGUUUCAAGUAACUUCAGGCAUUGUGCUGUGACCUAGUGGGCAUGGGGAAAGCCUGGCUGUGGACCGUCAAGCAAGGCGACAGGGGUUCCAGGGUUAUCUCUUUGACCAGCUACCCUAGAGUUCAAACGUGCGUAUCGAUGGCAUCCCCACAGUCCCCUUCACUUGAACUUUGUAAAACUGUGUAUGGAACUGGAAUCAACUUUUGAUAUUUCUUAAUAAAGGUACUGAAAAUUA